UGCAGUCAAACAGUAGACAGGUCGUAACAUAAAAUCCCCGCGAAGAAGACAAGGCCCCCAGAUCGCCGGCGCUACGAAUGGCGGCCGUCGCGAGCUCGAGCUGAGCACUCGGCGAGAAGAGGAUUCGCGGGUCGAUCCCUGGGAGGAUGGGGUCAGGGGCGGCGUGGCAGGAGCGGCGGACGCUGGUGUUGGUGAACCUGGCGUCCAUCAUGGAGCGCGCCGACGAGGCGCUGCUGCCGGCGGUGUACAGGGAGGUCGGCGCCGCCCUCCACACCACGCCUACGGGCCUCGGCGCGCUCACCCUCUACCGCUCCAUCGUGCAGGCCGGGUGCUACCCGCUGGCCGCGUACGCCGCGUCGCGCCACAACCGCGCCCACGUCAUCGCCGUGGGGGCCUUCCUCUGGGCCGCCGCUACCUUCCUCGUCGCCAUCUCCGAGACCUUCCUUCAGGUGGCGAUUUCGAGAGGCCUGAACGGCAUCGGCCUAGCUCUGGUCAUACCGGCGGUCCAGUCGCUGGUGGCCGACUCCACCGACGACGAACACCGCGGCACGGCCUUCGGAUGGCUGCAGCUGACCAGCAGCAUCGGAGCCAUCAUCGGGGGCUUCGCCGCCCUGCUGCUGGCGCCCACCACCAUCUUCGGGGUCGCGGGCUGGCGCUUCGCGUUCCACCUCGUGGCGGCCAUCAGCGUCGCCGUGGGCGUCCUGGUCUGGUUCUUCGCCGUCGACCCCAACUUCUCCACGGCCGACGAGGCCGGCGGCUCGCGGCACGCGCUCCGCGAGAAACGGUCCGCGUGGGACGAAGCCAAGGAGCUGCUCAGGGAGGCACGGUCCGUGAUCCAGAUCCCGACGUUCCAGAUCUUCGUGGCGCAGGGCGUGAGCGGCUCGUUCCCGUGGUCGGCGCUGUCGUUCUUGUCCAUGUGGCUGGAGCUCGUCGGGUUCAGCCACGGGGAGACGGCCGUCCUAGGCGUGGUGUUCGCCGUCGCGAUAGCCCUGGGCGGCCUACUCGGCGGCAAGAUGGGCGACGCCCUCGCCAGGCGAUACCCGAACGCCGGGAGGAUCGUGCUGUCGCAGAUCAGCGCCGGCUUGGCGGUGCCUCUCGCCGGCAUCCUGCUCCUCGGGCUCCCGGAUGAUCCCUCCACCGGCGUCGCCCACGGACUCGUCUUGUUCAUCAUGGGGCUCAUCAUCUCCUGGAAUUCAGCUGCCACAAACAGCCCGAUCUUCGCGGAGAUCGUGCCGGUGAAAUCAAGAACGAGCAUCUACGCGCUGGACAGGUCGUUCGAGUCGAUCCUGGCAUCGUUCGCGCCACCGGCCGUGGGCUUCCUGUCGCAGCACGUGUACGGGUUCAGGCUGGCGGACGCGGGGAAGAAGUCCAAGAGCAGCACCGUGGAGAGGGACCGGGAGAACGCCGCGUCGCUGGCCAAGGCGCUGUACACGGCCAUCGCGAUCCCGAUGACCAUCUGCGCACUCAUAUACGGGUUCCUGUACCGCACGUACCCGCGGGACAGGGAGCGCGCCCGGAUGCAGUCGCUGAUACAGUCGGAGCUGCAGGACAUGGAGCUGGAGGAGGACGCUGGUGGCGACGAGCGGUUUGAGCUCUUUGAAUCGGGGGCAGAUGACGACGGUGAUGUGGGAACGGAGAAGCUGCUGGCGAACAGGGACUCGUGACAGGAAACAAGGGCUCUCUCUGCUGCAUCGUUCAGAUGAGAGCUUAAUUUUUGUCCCAUGAUUUCGGGAAAACUGUAACACGUAGUACCAAAAUGAGAGUACUUUUUUUUUCCGGCCAUCCGAAAGCACAUUUCCACCGGAUGUCGCUCGCUCGAUAUGUCCCGGAGUUCCAUUUCCACCAUUCAGAAAAAGAAACCAAAACCCAAUUGCAUAUAUUAUAUCUCAA